AGCGCGAGGGAGCUCGCUUGGCAAGCUAAAAGCAUUGCAUCAUUCAACGGCACUCACGAGAGCUGUACGUGCACCGUGCCGCGUGCAUGCAAGCACGCCUCAGCAUCUCUCAGCUAGCCAGCAUACCUCGCACAGCGGCGUGAAGCGCUGUAGCGCGGCGCGGCCGUACCAGUGGUCAGUGCGGGCGCAGCAGCCGCAGACGACACGCCGCAGUGAAAGGGCGAAACGCCGCGUCGCAGCAAAAUGGGCAAGAAGGAUCGGCUAUGUCCGAACCCCGUGAUGGCCCACAAAAAAAAGAUGAAGCAGAAGGAGAUCAAGCGCAACAAGCGUCACAAGGUCGAGCGCCAGGAGGCGCAGGAGCUCCUCCGCGACCCCGACGCGCUCGCCGCCGAGAUCGCGCGCGUCGCCGAGGACGCGACGCAUAGCUCCGAGGCUCGUGCGAAACUGAAGGCGCUCCAGGCGCACCAGAAGGUGCUGGCGAAGAGCAUCGCGGCGGACGCUAAGCGGCGUCCCGAAGAGCUUGGCUUCAAGGGAGCGGGCUCUCCUCGCGGCCCGCCGCCGCGAGGCGCUGCAGGCCCUCGCGGCUCCCAGGCUCGGCCUCCUCCGCCACCACCCCGGGGCGCACCGCCCGCGCACGCGUUCGUGGGCCGAGGUCCGCCGUCGGCGCCUGUGUGGAAAUCAAGCACUGCGGGAGACCUUCGUCUGAAGUUUGAACUCCGCACAGGCCGCCGCCGCCGCGAG